UAAGACUUUUCUAAUUAAAUCACUUUGAUUUUCUUGUAUUUUUCAAUAUAAAAAUCAAGGUCAUGAGAACUGAUUACUAAGCUAGUGACGCCAAAACUUGCAUUACGAAACUUUGCAAGAAACUGGUGGCGCCCCCUGUCCCCUCCACCAAAAUUUUAUUUUUCUUUAUGUCAUCAGUUAUGGUGGAAGCGCAACAAGUGUUUUGUAUUUAAGUGUUUAAAGGACACAUGUGUGCUUGUUGAACAUAUCGAAAUAGUUAUUUUUUGAUAUUCAUGUUUUAAGUACCGUUUUAAAGACUAAUUAAUGUUUUCCUCGUCCGGAAUAUCUAUGAAAACUUUCGUGAAAGUUGUACAGUGUGAGGGCUUGGUGCUAUCCAUUAAUGCCACCAAAGUUUUCCAUAGAAUAAAAUGAAGAAAAAGCCACAGCAAUGCACGAGACAAGGUAAAUCUAAUACUAACAUUAGAAGUUUUUUAAGUAAUCUUAAAGAGAAUGAUCUACAUUUUGAAGAUAGUCAGAUAACUCAGUGUGUAUUUUUGGGGGUAUUAAGAUUGAAACCAGUGCCUUCUGUAUUUUCAAGUAAUCUCGUGCCUUCAGUAGUCGUAGAUAAUAAGUCUAAACGAUUUAAAAACAAUAAUCUUGCUAAGGAAAUAAACAAAAACGUAUCAAGGAAAAAGGACAUUAACAAAGUUAUUAGCGGUAGAAUCGGUAAGAAAAAUACCGAAAAAAUAAAAGCUUCCAUUAAAAAAUUUCCUACUAAAAAUUCUGUUAUUAAAUUGAAGUUCAAUAUGAAUAGAGACAAACAGGAGACAUCAUCUGUUAAUGUAACCGAAGCAGUUAGAAUACUACCAGAAUCUCUGACAAAAAUAACACCAGAAUCAGUCUUAACAAAUAAAACAAUAACAUUGAAUCCUAUAACAACUGUAACAGCAUUUAACCCUGUCCAAAAUCUUUUUGAUAAGCUCAAACAACAAUUAGAUGAUAAAUAUAGUCCUAGCAUUACUGAAGUUAGUAAAGAAAGUUUAUUUUUCAAUGAACUAUUAGAUGUAGAUAAGUCUUCCAAAAAGCAAAAGAAAUCAAAUAAAAAAAAUAAGUCUGAUAAAUCAUCUUUGCAUUCACUGCCAUCAUCAAGUAGCUCAUUUUCUGAUAAUGGUUAUUAUUCAUCUAAUAGUUUACAUACAAAAUCAUGUGAAGAUGUACUUUUAUCUAAUAAUAAUGAUAUAGAUGAUGAAGACGAUUGUGAGUUACUACUAAAUACAAUUCCUGGUUUUGUCACACACAAAAAUAAUGAUAAUAAUGAUGUGAUUUUAAUUCCUGAUGAUACUUCAAACAGAUCAUCACCUAAUCAAGAUGUAAUAAUUAUCGAUGAUGUAAAAAAUGUCAGGAUGUCACCUAGAUUGAAUAAAAAUGAACAAAAUAGUUCUAACAUGAAGCAAAAAGUUAUUGAUGCUAAUAAUAUAAUAAAUUUAGUAGAAACAGAGACAAACAAAAAACCACAAAAGAUUUCAACAGAUAAACCAAUUAAAAGAAGGCGUACGCUGAUACCUGCAGCUAUUCCUUCUAUAUUUUUCAAUACACCAAGAUUACUAAGAUCAGAACUGGGCCAGAAAAAAGGAGCUCAGCCAGAAACUAGAAGUGUUAAACUACAAAAACCUGAAAAUAAACAAUUUGUGAAACAAAAAAGAGAAAAAAUUGAAACUAAAUUAAAAGACGAUACAGAAAAUUUGAUAUACGAAGUAGUGAAAUCUACAGAAAUCCUCAAACAUUCUACAGAGACAGAGACUAAAUCUCAAGAUCAAGAACUAAUUGUUGAACAGUCUCCACCUAAAGUGGAACCACUCAUAAUUAAACUAAAAAAAUCGACUGAAAAAGUUUCUAAUAACACAGAUCAAAAUGGCAAUGAGGAUAUUAAGAAUAAAGAGAAAAAUCACAAAGCUGAUGCUGGAAAAAUUACUAAAAAUUUAUUAUUUCCUAGAUUAUUAAGAUCUGACAUCAAUCAACAAAAAGAUACAAAAAUAAAAAAAUCACCCAAAGUUUUAGAAAAAUUAGAGGUUGAGACUCUUAAUUCGACUUAUGAAACAGAUAUCACACUUUCUCCCCAAGGAAAGAUAAGUGUAAAGUCUACCAAAGAUCUUUUUGAAAACACUUCUGAUUUAAUGGCAAAUUCUUGUUUAGGGGAAAAAAAGACUUCAUCUAGCGGUAAAAAAUCACCUGUAGGUAUUCGCAGAUCUCUUAGAUCAGAUUUUUGUCAAGAAGAAAGUAAUUCUAAGAUUAUUAAUAUUGAAGAUACACAAGAAACUAAUACAGUUAUAGAAAUUGUGGAUAAUUCUAAACAUAGCUCAGAUGAAAAUGUAGAGACCAUCAACCACCCGAAUGUACAAAGACAGUUCAGAUCUGCUCAAUCCCAUAAAGAAAAUGAAAUUAUCAACGUGGAUAAAACUGAUAUCGAUAAAGAAACUAAUACAGAUAUUUUUAAGGACCAAAGGUCUGAAACUGAGUCAGUUCAAACACAAUCAAUCGAUAUAGAAAUUAUAGAUGUUGAUUUAUACGAUGAAAAGUCUAAAAAUAAUGAAUCCCACCAGAAAAAAUCAGAUGAUGUAAACGUUAUUGACGAAGAAGUUUUAUCUGACGAAAACAACCAGGAAAAUCUUAAUAAUCCAGAUAUAAUAGAUGUUGAUAAUAUAGAAACAAUAGAGGAGGCAUCAUCGAAGAGCAGUAAAUUAAAAAGCAUAGCUGUGGUACAACCAAUGUCGAGACCAACACGAACGCCCCAGAAAAAAGUGAAUGAUAUUGAACCAACUGAAAUUGUGAAUCCAUCCAAAGUAACUCCCGAGAAAACGAGAAAAAAUAAAAACAUCGAUCAACUGGUGCAAAAACAAACGCCCCAGAAAAAAUCAGGUGAUUUGGACAUCAAUACAAACUACCCAAAAGAUGACAGAUCUAGGAAAGAUAGCAGAGCCGUGACUGUUACUGAACGGAGACAAUUGAGAUCAGAUGAUACUCAGAUUGAUUCUACUGCUAAUACUGAAUCAAUUAAACAGAGAACAUUGAGAUCUAAUAUUGUAGAAGAAACUGGAAGUGUAGAACAUGUACAAACACCAAAGUCUAUUAGUUUAAAGUCUGGUGAUGGUUCAACGUCGAUUUCCGAAGUUGAACCUAAACUGCUAGAAUCUAGUGAUGAUCCUGGUAACCUAAAAAUGUCGAAACGUUUAGUACAAGACAAGGAAAUUAUAGAUGGAGCAAAAGAGCUCGUUGGAUCAGAAAAUGUUCCAAUUGUCAAAGUUGAAUGUGAAACAGGAAAGAAUAAAAAUGUUAAGAAGACUUUGUGUAGCAGAAAUAAAGUUGUAAUGAAUAAAUCCGCGAAAGAAACAAAGAAAAUUAUUGGCCUACAAACAGAAAAAAAGCGGACGGAUUCUACUAAUGAAGUAAACGUGAAAAAGAUCGUACUCAAAUCUAAUAAAAAGAACAAAAAAAUCACCAACAAGGAUAAUAAAAUUAAGAAAAUAUUUAAAUCUGAUGUAAGUCAUAAAAGAACUGCCGAUUAUCAAAUAAUAAAUCAAGCUGAUCUGAUUGUAAACACAACCAGAAGCCAUUCUAAAAUGAAUAUAUCGGAAUCGGUUGAACUUAAAAAAGAGCAAUCAUCUGAUAUUUUCACUAACGAAUCAGACAAAGACGAGCUAUCGAAGAGAUCGACAUCUCAAAGGAAAUUGCUAAAGGAUACAAAGAAAAGUACAACGGUUAAAGUAAGAAAAGUUGGCCGCCCUAAAAAAAAUCCAUUCGCUAAACAAUCUUCCCGAAUAGAAGAUUCGAAAUCUACAGAGGUGCUAAAAAAAACAGCGGAUGUUGUCAUCAUGGAACAAGCUGAAACUUUAAUAGUUCACACGAAGAGAAGCGCCUCCAAAACAAAAGAAUCUAAUGUAGAAAAACCUGAAAUAGAUAAAGUUAAGACUAAAAAUAUCGAUGUUAGUGUUGAACAAGCAGAAAAUUUGGAAUCAUCCGAUAUGAUUAAAGGCGAACAAAAAAAAUUUACGAAAAAGAAAGAAUUACUAAAAACAACUAAAGGGAGUAAAGGAAAACAAAAAGUUGCUGUAAAAGUAAUAAAACCAAGCAACAAGAAAGCUUUACUUAAAAGAAAAUCUCCUCAAAAGAAACAGGAGAAUUUGAAUAUGAUUACAGUGGUUGACGAAAGGAAAAGUAGAAAACAAUGUAAAGUUUCUCCAAAAAGUCUUAGAUCGAGCAUAAAUCCCAUCGCAAUUAAAAGAGAAUUAAUUCCCCCAGUCGUAGAAAAAGUAGUAGCUAUCAUACAUACCGAACCCAAACCAAAAGAUUCAUACAAAACUCCAGAGAAAAAUCAAACACAAAAGAAUCCAAUUAGAAAUAAACCGAGAAUAUCAAAAUCUCAAAAUUUUGAUGAUAUAAAUGUUGUUAAGGAAAUCGCACCAGCAAAAUACGAUAAACUUAGAAAAAAUGAGAAAAAAAAAGUUAUUUCGGAUAAAAGUAGAGUCAUUUCCAAAAAGAAAAAUAUUCUAGUUGCAAAGAAAGUUAGAGAUAAUAAAAAAAAUGGAGCUAAAAGGCAAAAUAAAACAAAAACGAUUUUAGACAAAUCAGAACUGAAGAAUAUUCCAGAUGAAUCUAAACAAAAAUUGAUUAAACAAGUGAAAAAUAAACUGAAAAAUUCUAAAAAUGGAAAUCUGUUUGAAAAAAACAAAAAGAAAUCUUCGAAAAAAUCUAAUAUAGAUUGGCAAAAUAACGAUAUUAUCAAAAAGAUAAUACAAGAAAUAAAAAAUACUAUUUUCAAACGAGAUUCUAGCAAAUCAGUGUCGAGUAGUAAAAAAAUAAAACAUAAAAAAACCGCCAAACCAACUGAAAAACCCGAGGUUAAAAAGAAAAAAAUCAUACGAGCCGCGAAAAAGAAAAUAAUAAGAACGAAAGAAGCUCUAAAAAGAAAGCUAAGAUCGGCAAGAAGCACUGAAACUACAAAUUCAAAUCAAAAUGAUCCUCCAACGAAACAGGAACCACAAAAACCACCAGAAACCGAAGAAAACGCAACAGAUAAAAACGAUUCCGUCAUUAUAAUCAACGAAGUUACAUUACCGAAAGAUAUAAAUAUCGUAGAUAAAAUAAUAAACCCUACAAAUAAAUUUUCAACUACUACCAACGUCGGAAUAAUCGAUUCCAAAAAGAAUGAUAUAACCGUUUUCGAUUUCGACGAAUCCGAACCCGAAUCAUCAUCUCUAAGACCCCCCAAACCUAAUGACAAUCCCGAUGGAAAUGUAAAUAAAUCUAACAAACAAAUAGAACCGCAAAAAAAACUUUAUUCGAGAAUACCGACGAAGGACCACGUAGAAGUUUCCGCACCACAAAAAUCGCUUUCGCGACUAACGGACACCGCCGAGUAUGAUAAACGAAUAUUUUUCGAAAACCCUACUGGUACAAAAGUACCACAAAAACGCUUAUACUCGGAAAUUCUCGUAUAUUCGGAAGAUGAAGAAGGAGAAACUUUAAAACGAACGGAAAUACCGCAACAAAAAAACGCUUCAAUUGAAAGUGAUACAAACCUUGAAGUACCUUCAAAGAAACGUAAAUUGCUUAUUCCAUAUCUAGACGAUGACGGUAAACCUCGGAAGUUAUGGUCAAUUAUAGAUUCACCAUCUCUUCCGAGAUCUAUAUCACCGCCAAUAACCCCGUCGGUUAAUCCGCGUCGUAACGUUACACCUCCAAGAACAAUAGAGCAAACAGCUCCGAGUACUUCCAGGGAAAAGUCCCCGGAACCGAGCGCUUCAUCUGAUAAGAAAUCUCCUUUGAAACAACCGACUAUUAUAGAAAUGUUCAGCAAAGUUUGGAUGAAGAAAGAAAAUUCCAGCAAAACGGUUUCGGAAGGUCGGGAGGAAGAUAACCAAGUGUUUUCGAGACCGUUACCGCGUGUUACGAAUUUACCUAUAGCACCAAGCCCCGCGAGAGAAAGAUUAGAAGACGAUGACAGCGAUACCGAGAGUAGAGUCGAAUGGGUACCAGAAGAAUAUGCCGAAUACAAAUUCAAAUAUUCUUCGACCAAGAUGAUGCAGUACAAACCAAUAUUUAAAUGUAAGAUUUGCAUGAUGAUGGCACCUUCUUACUACAAAUUGUUGAAGCAUCGCAAGGAGCACGAAAAGAAGGACAAACCGUAUACGUGUCCGCAAUGUGGGAUCGAUUUCGCGAACGUAGACGACUUCUCCGCUCAUCUCAGAAUUCACAAAGGUAAACAUCCUUACAUGUGUCCAAAGUGUGAUGCUGGAUUCUGGACCAAGAGUGCUUAUGAAGCCCACAUUCCAGUACACAUUCUCAAAAAAGUUAAACAACCAGUUAAAAAGUUCCGUUGCGAUAUCUGUGCCAAGGAGUUCAGCAAACUUUGUGAUGUGGAAAGACAUACCCGUGUCCAUACCGGAGAAAAACCAUGUAUAUGUAACAUUUGUAAUAAAAGGUUCCAACAGGCACAUAAUCUAAGCAAACAUUUAAUAACACAUCUACACAUCAAACCAUUUGUCUGCGAGAUCUGCAAUAAACAGUUUGGAAGAAAUGAUGUACUCCGAAGGCAUCUUCUAACACAUUCAGUAGAUAAACCAGUCAAGUGUUCUGUUUGUUUCAAAGGUUUUAUAAGACAUUCGCAAUUAUUACAGCACAUGAGGCAGAAACAUCUCGAUGUUCCAGUUGAUGAUUUAAGAGAACAAUUUGGCGAUGAAGAAGAUUUGAGUGACAACAGAAAUGAACCUGACAAACAACGUACCAGUUCAUCUGUUGUUGAAAAAAAGGGAGGAAUUAAAACAGAAGCUUAGGGUAGUGAACAGAUCUCUUUUUAUGUAUUAAUUAUAUCAUGUUAUCAAAAAAUAAAUUAUGAGUUGAGUUUUAGAUGGUGCUUUGUAUUGAUUAACAUUUAUCAAAUUUGCAAAAGUAAAAUUGUUAGGAGGUUUUGAUAAGUGAUACAAAUGCAAUAAAAAUUUGAAAAUACUAUAAAGUAAUUGAUGCCCUUAGUGAAAAUUAUAUUAUUAUUAUGAUUAAAGUCAAAUAUUGCUAACAAUGUGCCUUAGAUUUAAUAUUUAAAUGGUUAUGAGAAUAGGCAUUCCCAAAGAACAUAAUUGAUAAAAAAUAGUUCAAAAAUUAUAUUUAAUUGCUUUAUAUCCAAUUUUUUUAUUUAUUUACUAAAGUUUCAAACUAUUCAAUUGACUUUAUUUGAAAAAAAAACAUGAAUUAGAAUUUUAUUAAGUAAAAAUUUAAUCUCAAUGAUUUUGUGGAAAAUGAGUGAUUUGAAAUGUAAACAAGGCUUUAAGACUUAAUUUUGUAUUUUUAUCUUCUAGAAAUGGAUAAUUAACAGAAAACUUAAUAUUUAUAGUGAUUAAGGUUAUAAAAUUAUUCAUUUAGUCUUAAUUUUUUUCUGCUUUAUUUAAUUGUUGAACUUAGUUGGAAUUUCUGGAUCUAUCAGUGGCAUUUCUUAACACACUUUAUAUAUCGCUACGUCAACAAUCAUAAUUACACUGUUUGACACGCGUUUCAAUAACUUAGUUACCAUCUUCAGAGACUUAAGGAAAACAGUUAACUGUCCUUGGUCUGGUGAAGACGAUAACUUUGUAAUCUUAACACAGGCCAGAAAAGUAGAUAAAUAAUUGUGUUAGUGUAAUGUAUUCAGUUAUUUUAUACGAAACGAUAUACACUACCAGUAAAACGUUUUUGCCCACCCUAUACUUUACCAUUUGAAGAACCUCGACCUCCCGGAGAAUUGUCCUCCAUUCUUCUCUAUGUUGAUUUUUUCUCUGCCAGUUUCACACGCCUGUUUCUUCUAGAUCCUGUUCUAUGUUGUACCACCAUCUUAUGCGUGGUAGUCUGCGGCCUUCUGGCUCUUACCAGUACGCAAAUUAACAAAAAUACCAACUUCUCUCAAUCUCCUUUUCACCUUAGAUGUACUCAAAAGCAGAAAUUUGUUUUAGUAUUUUAUUUUGAAAUUUACUGAAUUUAUUAUGAAGUGGGCAAAACUUUUGACUAGUAGUAUAUAUUUAUAUACUAAUUGUUUUUGAUUUGUAUUUAACAAUAUAAAGAUUGAUUUUACUUAUUGAUACUGUUAUAUAUUAAGCAAUUUAUAUUUUUGCAGAUUAUUUACUUUGUAUUGUAGAUUAAAAAUCUUUAUUUGGUAUAUAUUCUCUAUUAUAAGUGCGAUUUUAAUGAAUCCUUUUUUUUCCUUCGAUAUGUUGUCUACUAUUUCAUUGAAAUUCAUAAUUUUUCUCAUUUAAAACUGAAAAAACAUCAGAAUCAUAGGAAUUCAAAUUUAUUUACUUAUUACUAUUAUUUUGUUACCGUAACCAGUAUAUUUAGGAAAAUAAAAAUUCUAUAGAUAUACAAAUGGGUAAAACUUAUCAUUUAUAUGAUUGUACUGUACUUUUAUUGCAAUAUUCACAAUUACAAUGUCUGAUAAGUGUUUUGAUUAUCGUCUUCAGAUAUAGAUGUAAAUUGAAAUUUACUCUCUUGACUUAUCUAUUAUUAUGAACCUCUUCCCACUAUUGUGACAAUGCCUUCAAAUCACCAUAUUUCUUUUCAACAGUUGAGUAUUCAACGCACAUUUUAAUUAUACAGGGUGGUUCAGAAUUAUGGACAAUAACUGGUAGAAUGUGCAAAAUAAAAAUUCUUACACAUUCCUUUUUAUUACAUUAAAAGUGAUGCCAUUUUUGAAGGGGUAAAAUGAGAGGGUUUUUUAGUAUUGUUUUUGCAAAAUUCUAUUGAUUUUGGGUCUCUUCUGGUAGAUAAUUGUCAAAAUAUUUUUUUAUGGAGACCAAAAUAUGUUAUAAAGUCAAUUUUUUACCUGUUUUUAAAACCUAAUUUUCGAUAAAAAAAACAGUUUAACAACAAAAAAAUGUAAAAAGGUAUAAGAAACUAGAAAAAAUUUUGAUUACCAAGUUAAUUGUCUGGGAAUGACUAUGGCAUUAAGAUAUUUACAUACCUAAUCCGAAAAGUUAUUUUAUUACUUCUAUUUUCUACUCAAGUAAAUUAUUUCCUUUGUAGAAAGAUGUUCUUGUACUAAUUCUAUAGAUAUCACUGUUUUUAAAUUAUCUAAAUAAGUAUUUUACCUUACCAGAACUUCCUAAUUGAAACUGCCUAGCAAAUAUUUAAAAAAUUGUACAUGAAGAAGUACUUUUAUUUUUGGACUAUGAUCGGCUCUAAAAACUAGUUUACAUAAUUCUAUACCACUUUGUAUGUGAUAUUUCCUAAAAUUAAUUGAAAAAGUUUUGUAAGGGUUAAUUAUGAUUUGAAUGAAAUAAAUACUAAUUUAUACAAACCAAUUUAUUUAAAUUAUAUUUCAUUAGAUUAAGUAUUACUGUUAUAAAAAUGUUAUAUAUUGUGUAAUAUUUUUUCUACUAUGUAGAUUGUUUGAUAAUAAUAUUAUAUAUCAUUUUAAAAUUAUAAUAAAA